AAGCACUUGUUCAGAGGCAGAUAGUCCUCUGAAGGAAACCGUUGUCUUCUGUCCUGCUGGGACAAACAGCAGCUUAUCUGUGUCUUUAACAGUUAACCUCUAAUUAAGAGGUUCACUUUAAUAUUACUUGGAAACAGGUUUUUCUUGUGGACACUUUAUUUUUCUCUCCAGUGCUCCAAACUUUCACAUUAAGGAGACUUUUAACAGGAAACAGCGACUAACGGCUGCAGUUGUGAUUCCCCUUCAGCGACCCUCAGUUCGGGACAUCUUUGAGCGAUGUUUGACAAGCAGCACUACGAGAGUCCACCCGUCUACAGUCCUCCUUUCAGCUCGCCAUCCAACAAUGGCUAUGGCCCUCCAGGCAGCUUCCAUGCCCCUCAGAGCGAUUACAACCAAUACCCACCUCCGCCGGGAUCUUACUACGUUGAGGACAAACCGCAGCACUUCUACAAAUGGCUGUCACCUCCGGGGAUCAUCAAGGCCAUGAUGGCUACGGUUAUCAUCUUGUGUGUGGCGAUAUUUGCCUGUGUGGCCUCCACUCUCAUGUGGGACAUGCAGUAUGGAAUGGGGGGCAUGGGGAUGGGAAUGGGAAUGGGCUACGGCGGCGGUGGAUACGGCGGAGGCAGCUACGGCUCAGGAUACGGUGGUUAUGGAGGAGGUUAUGGAGGAGGUUAUGGAGGAGGCUACGGCAACAGCUAUGGCUCCUACAUCCAACCGUACUCAGCCAAAACCGCCAUGAUUGCCAUGGCAGCCAUCAACUUCAUAGGGUCGCUGUCCUUCUUCAUCACCAGCUUCUCUAAAUCCAACACUGUCCGCACUAGGAAGUUCUUUCUGGGCCUCAUGAUAGGCAGCAUCAUCAUGGCUAUCCUGCAGGGCAUCAUAAGCAUCGUCUACAUCGUUGGGGUGAACCCCAUGGCCCAGGGCUCCUCUAGUAUGAUGUACAACCCAAUGCUUAUGAUGUGCCAGAACCUCUACGGGACCAGCUACUCACAGAUGGGAGGAGUGGGAGGCUUCCCCAUGUACAACCAGUAUCUCUACCAUUACUGCUUUGUGGACCCACAGGAGGGAGUUGCCAUGGUGUGUGGAUUCUUGGUUGUCAUCGCCUUCGGUGUUGCGGCUUUCUUUGCGCACAAAACGAGAGGGAAGAUCUGGCGCUACGGGAAACCAAAUAUCUACUGGGAAGCGCCUCUAGUUGGCGGGAAGGCCUCCGAGGGCAGAGACGUAGAGGAAUGGGUGAACAAUGUGGAGGAAAGCCGCAGUGUUCAAGACGCCCCUACCCUGCUGGUGUCAGAGAAAGGAGCAGGGCUGCUCAACGCCUCAGCGAACAGUGUCAUCUCCUACCCCCCGGCCAAGGUGGACAGCAGCUCCUAUAAUGAAGACACCUUAGACAACAACGACCGCUUUACCUCACCGUCAGACAGUGCUUUCCGACGGGGAACUGAAGCCGUUCUCGCUCUCUUCAAAACCACCAGACUACAUGCACAAAAGAAGUACUCAGAGAAGACCACCAGCAGACCAUCGGAAGCCUUCUCCCCCGGUGGAAGAACCAGCUCCAGCCCCUCAGAGGAGACCGGCGGAGUCCGCAAACCCUCUGCCAACAGGGGCAAGAGACGCAGACGUAACCCCGACUUCGAUGAGUCUCAGUACGAGACAGAGUACACCACAGGAGGAGAAACGGGCAACGAACUCGACGAAGACGAGUGGGAGAAUACGUACCCAGAUAUAACAUCAGAUGCUCAGCGUCAUGAGUAUAAGAGAGAGUUUGAUGCCGACCUUAGAGAAUACAAGCGCCUGUGUGCUGAGAUGGACGACAUUAAUGACCAUUUGAACAAACUCAGCCGACAGCUGGACACACUGGAUGAAACCUCUGCCAAAUACCAGGCUGCAGCAGAUGAAUAUAAUCAACUGAAGGAUCUGAAGCAGACGCCAGACUACCGGUCUAAGAAGAAAGAGUGUCGCAGGCUGAGACACAAACUGUUCCACAUCAAAGGCCUGGUGAAGGACUACGACAAGAACCACUGAUGAACCCACUGAGUCCUGACGCUCAGCAAACACUCACAGACACACGGGCCAAGAUACACUCCAAAAUACCACAAAGACUCUGUGACAUAUCGAGACCAAAGUUACCUGUACAGAACCAACACACACUGGACACACACACACACACACACACACACACAUAGGGAACAUACUGUAUGUUAAUAAUAAUGAUCUUGAUCAGUUAUGUAAACUUUUUUUGGAAGAAAAUGGAAGCAGGGCGCUCAGCUGUAGCCAUUUCCACAGCAAACACUGCCUUUCCUCUAUAGAUUCAGCUCAUUGUUUGCAGUGUUCAGUCAUUUGUGAGGAUCAGUGGGUGUGGCUUGUGGUUUGCAGCAGGGUUGUUUGAAAGUCACCUGACCUGUGAUAAUACUGUGCUCCGUUUCUGUGGCUCUGUUUGCCCUCCAGCUUUUCUUUGUUUUAUCUCCACAGAUAAGAGGUGGAACAGUAUUGUAGAGAACAUAGUAAUGGGUGACACGGGUUGCUGGGAUAGUUUUGCAAGCAAAUGUGCAGUUUCUUUAACCCCUUGGCAUGGCGUUAUCUUUGUCACAAAUUGACUUUAGUUUUGCUUUUCUCAUCUUUCUGCGUCAGUGUUUGUAACUAACUUCAACGUCAGUGAAGUGGACUGCUCUCUGCUGGGACUACGUGUUUUUACUUGCUUUUUUUUUUGUCUAAACUGAGAUUUUUAUACUGAUUAUCAUAGCAUGCAGUGAGACCAAAAAGGGGACAAACUGGCCAGUGAGAUAUGUGAGACAUUGUAUUGUAUAUACUAUUAAUGAAUCCUGUUCAUACUACGUACCAAGAACAAAUUUACAGUAUCUGUCUAUUAGAUUCAGCAGAUAUCUUUGUUAUUUGUACAUAUAAUAAAGAUUCAUAGUGGCUUCUUUAUUAAUCAUUCAAAAUGUGCUUAAGCUAUGCAAAUGAGUAAAAACAUAUUUUUUAUCAUGUACGUUCCUCAACAAACUGGAAAACACUGUUUCUGUCACGGUCUAUAAGCUACGCUCAUCUCUUCAUUUGAUUGUUUGAUAAUGAAAUCAUCUGCUGAUUCCAUGUGUGGUAGUUUUUUGUAUUAAUCCACUUCAUGUGCAAAGUGUCACGAUCUAAUGUACGUUAUAAAAUUGAUCACCCUUUUGAUUUGUCAUGCAUUUGUAUUUUUACGAAGAACAUUGUUGUUAUUUUACAAACCAUUUGCGAGCCAUUUAUUUUUGUAUGAAUUUAUUUUCUUUGAAGCUAUUAUAAGACCAUUUUUGUAACUGUAUACUUCCAUAAGGUAUGACAUCUAAAAGUAUUAAGUUCAAUAAUAAUAAACAUUUCUAAUUCUCUUAAAAUUA